GCUAGGUGGUGUCAUUCUGUUUACUUCCGCUAUCGUCUGGUUUUAGAUCAAGGAAAGAGAAUCGUCGGUUAUUCGUGAACAUGACGACAGUUUUGCCUAAAGUUUCUCAAUUAUCUCAAAGAGUAGUGAGGAUUUUGGGCUGCAAUCCAGGUCCUAUGACGCUUCAAGGUACUAACUCUUAUCUUAUAGGAUACGGGAAAAGACGGAUUCUGUUAGACACUACGGAACCAAAUAAAACUGAAUAUACUAAACUCUUGAAGCAAUAUUUAGAAGAACAUGAUAUUUCCUUACAACAUAUCCUUCUCACUCAUUGGCAUCAUGAUCAUGUUGGUGGAAUUAGAGACAUUUUUGAAAUUAUCAAGCCAGAUUGCCCAGUAUCUAAACUUCCACUUUUGAACAAGGAAGAUAUUAAACCUACUUCUGAUAUAGAGUACAAAUAUUUAACAGAUGGUCAGAAAGUUCUGACUGAAGGUGCAACUCUUCGAAUAGUCCAUACUCCUGGCCAUACUGAAGAUCAUAUGGUUGUAGUGUUAGAAGAAGAAAAUGCAUUAUUUAGUGGUGAUUGUGUAUUAGGGGAAGGUACUUGUGUAUUUGAAAAUCUUUCUCAAUAUAUGAAGUCUUUAGAAAAGCUGUUAAACUUGAAAUCAAGUAUUAUUUAUCCUGGACAUGGACCUGUUGUUGAGAAUCCGGAAGAAAAGAUAACAUUAUAUAUACAAAAUAGAUUAUCAAGGGAAGAGGAAAUAAUAGAUGUACUGAAAAACAAUUCAUCAAAAUUUUUAAGUAUUAUGGAUAUUACAAAAGUUGUUUAUUUGAAUCUUUCUCCCAAAUUAUUAUAUGCUGCAGCUAACAAUGUUCACCUACAUUUGAAUAAGUUAAUUGAAGAUGGAAAAGUUGAAACUAGUGAAGAAAAUGGAGAAAAGAAAUACAGACUACUAUGAAUUUACAUAAUGAAAGUAAAUGUGUAAUUAUAACAAAAUCAAAAUGUAAUAGCAUUAUAAUGUGUUGAUGAAAAGUAAUGUUAAAGUCUUCACUUAUAAAUAUGUUCAGAUGAACAUCAGAAUUGAAUAUGUACAAGUUAAUUAUUUUAUUUUUUUACUUUUUUGAAGUCCCAUUUUGAAUGAACUGCACAUCAAAAUUAAAUAUAAGAAAAUAUACUGCAGCGAAAUGUUAUUUUUAUAAAUUGGUAAUAAAUUUGUAUCAAUUUUCCAUAAAACGAGUAUUAUUCUUAAUGUUAGAUAAUGUUGGAAAUUAUUGUUAAUAUUGUAUAGUGUAAUAUGUAUAAUAUUUGUAUAUUGUAAUCAUGAGAAUUA